GGUCAGAGCUCACCGAGGUCCUAGCAGCGCGGAUUAGAAAGCCAGUCGGCUGUGUUAACCAAAAAAAACAACGUUUACUUCUUUACUUGAGAGGGGUGUAACCAGUUUAAACAUGUCUGGCAGAGAAGGAGGCAAAAAGAAACCCCUGAAGGCACCCAAGAAACAGACCAAGGAAAUUGAUGAUGAUGAUAUGGCCUUCAAACAGAAGCAAAAGGAAGAACAGAAGGCCUUGGAGGCGCUGAAGGCCAAAGCUUCAGGAAAAGGACCUCUAAGUGGUGGCGGCAUCAAGAAAUCGGGCAAGAAGUAAAAAAUGAAUCUGACAAUGAUUUUUGUUUGCUCCCCGGCCUCAAUUCUUGCAUCUGCGAUGUUUGUUCACUGACAGAGUCCUGUUUGCUCUGUUGAACAUGAGCCCUAUCAAACUGAAAAAGCCCUGAUUUUUAGCUUCUCCAGCAGUGAAAAUGUGCAGAAAAAGAGUUUAAUAAAUUUGAGGAUUUCAGGAACAGUCAGGCCUGGUGCACACAUCAUAGCUCCCCAAUGGCAUGUAAUAAGAGGGUUCACACUGUGAUAUUUGCCGGUGAAAACAAUUCACUCAGUCAUUCUCACUGACCAGAAUUUCCAAAGCCUGAAAAAAUCCUGAUUGCCACUGUUUUUUGUUUUGGGUUUUUUUCAUGUUAAACUUCACCGGAAACACAAAUCACCCCAAGUUCUUUUUUCUUCUGAGUUUUGUUUUCUUGUUAAGAGGGAGACACCAAUAAAGUUUUUGUAAUUAGU